UAACGUGUGGUUGAUACCAUCACUACAAUCUGGAUAGCAUGGUUCAUUUAAUACAUUAAUCACGUGUUCUUUCUUUUCUUUUUCUGGUACCGUAUACCGUUUUGUGCUCGUACCGUUUGUAUUUAAUUAAGUUAGAUAUAUUAUAUUAAAAUGAAAGUAAAAACUGUUUCAACUCCAUCCAAAACCAAGCCGUUUAGAAAAUCUGUGACCGGUUCUAUACAAAAGAAGAAAUUUCCUAAACCUACUGGUGCCUUCAAGAACUUAGUGAAAAUUACCGAUGAAUUUGAAGAGCUAAAAUCCGGGAAAAAUCCAACAGGAAUUUCUUGUUCAAAAGAACCUAAACUUGUUAAAUCUGCUAAAAAAACAAAGGCCAAGAAGGAGAAAAAUGAAUCUGAUGGUAAAGUACCUAAAAAGUCUAUUGAAUUAAAAAAGUCCAAGGAACCUGUUGUGCCUCCUAAACAGAAAAAAUUAAAGAAAGAAACAACUGAUGGCGAGUCUAAAGUUUCUCUAAAAUCAAAAGUAAAAUUAUUUAAAUCUAGUUUAACUACAGAAGUGGAUAGUGAACAGAGUGAGGGUGAACCUAAACUUGAUAUUACAAAAGUAAUUUAAUAAUCCUGAUAAUGUAUAAUUUUCCAAUUUCUGACAUUUAUACUAAUUUACAGGUUGAGGCAGCUGUUAAUGCACUUUUCACAAUGGUAAAAGAUUCUUUGAAUACAAACAAAACUGAAUUAUGGGAUGAAGCGACACCAGUACAUUUAGUAGUUACAGGAGUAAAAUUGGGAACCGGUCCAAAACGAAUUAUUAGAAUGUAAGUUGAAAAAUAAUUAUUCUCUAUGUAUUUCACUAUUUGUAAUUAUAAAAUAUAUUACAGAGUAUUACCAAAUUCAUUGGUAACUGAUACAACUGAUAUAUGUCUGAUUGUACCAGAUCUUGUCCGUGGACGUAAUGUUGAUCAUGAAAAAACAUAUCAUUAUUAUAAGGAAUUAUUGGCCAAAAAUGGCAUUAAAAAUAUAAAAACUGUAAGUUAAUAAUAAAGAUUUAAUAUUGUGAAUAGAUAUUAAUUGUUUUAUUUUAAAUAAGAUUUUGCCAGCCAGACAAGUUCGAGUAGAGUUCAAUGAAUACGAAGCCAGAAGAAAUUUGUGUCAUUCACAUGAUAUAUUUUUAAUUGAUCAAAAAAUUAGUGGUUUUAUGGUAAAGAAAUUGGGAAAAGAAUUUUAUAUUAAACGAAAGUAAGAUUGAAAUAAAUACUGCGUACAAAUGACUAAAUAAUCAAAUUAAAAAAUUUGCAAAUAGUUUAAAUUGCGAUACUAAUAUAAAAUACUAAUUAGUAUAAAUAAGUUAUUAGGUUGAAAUAAAUUGUAAAAAUAUAUUGGUAUUUAAUUUGAAUAAAAAAAUUUAAUUAAUUAUAAGGACAAUUUUAGUCCUCAUUAGUUUCUUUGGUUUUGUUAAAAAGAUUAAACAUUCUUCUAGUUUUAAAAUUAUAGUGCUUAGUGUUUACUUUUUCUCUUUUAAAAUAAUAGUUUUUGUUAUCUUUAUUAAAGAAAAAAGAUCUUUUAAACCAGUAUGUAUAUGAUUUAACUACUUACAAAAAUUUAGUUUUUACAACAAUAAUUGUAUUUUGUAUCGAUAUAAUAUAUUUUAAUGAAAAUGAGGAAAAUUUGAUAAUUGAUUUGGAUAUUUGUUGUUUUAUUUUUUCAAGGUUUCCAAUUACUGUUAAACUGACUAAACCUCAUUUAAAAUCGGAAAUAGAAUCAAAGCUGCACAAAACAUCAUUUUUCCUUGAUUAUAAAGGAAAUACAAAAACUGUACAGGUAUGAAAUUUUAUUAAGUUAAGUUAUUUCUCAUUUAUUUUUAUAUUUCCUAUAGAAAAUUAUAUUUUUGUAAAAAGUUAAGACUAUCAUGUUAAUUUUUUGAAAUUAAAAUUGUUAUUUCAUAUAUAGUAGGAGAUUUUUUUUUUUAAAUACCACAUUCAUUAUUUUGGUAUCUUUCAAAGUAAACAAAUUUAAAUGGGAUAAUAAAGACAAUUCUUAUCAGGAAAUAAAUGUUUUACUGUAGAAAACUUUUUCUAGGAAGUUUAGAAGUAAUAAUUAAUUUAAAAAUAAUUUAAUACUGUUGGAUGUAACCUAUGACAAACAGAUGUAAAAAAAAAAUAAUAAUUCGAUCAAUAAAUUAGUAGUAAUUUAUUUAUAUAUUUAUUAUAAUAUGUUUAUAACAUGACUAGCAUAGUUAUAAACUUAUAUGUGUGUAUUAUAAACAUAUAAAAUGUGGGUAUCUACGCCAAAACGAUAAAAUUUAAUCUAUUAGUAUUACGUUAUAUUCAAUAAUAAUCGAUAAGGUUCGAUAUGGUAUGAUACUAUUAAAGUUAUAUUAUGGACAUAAUAUCAGUGAUUUUAUAAUUUAUAAAUAUAAAUAAAACAGCUGAAAAUUGUACUAUAAAUAUUUUUAAUGAUUGAUUUAUAUAUAUUUUUUAUUUUUUUUGGAGUCCUAAUUACUUCCAUUUGUCCCUAUUCGUGCUGGAUGUGCUACUGUUCUAGAUUUCAAGUUAGGAUACAUAAGAUGCUAUGUAGGAUAGAGUUAUUUAAUUUAUAUCUGUAUGCAGCAAUACAUUAUAGAUAAUUAAAUCAAUUUUGAACACAGUGAAACAUGUUUUGAAAUGCUAUGAUUUUUUAUCAUUUUCAUCAAAAUUUGAACUUCAAAAAGGUUUUAAAACUGCAAUAUUAAGCUUAACUUUUUUUUUUUAUUAAUCUUUAAGUACAACUUAUGAUAAUUUUCAUGUAAACAUUUUAAACAUUUCCACUUUGCCAAAACAAUUUUACUAACACAAAAUUAAAAAAGCUUAAUAAUUUCAAAUGCCAACAAAUAGCUCAAUAACUGUCAGAAUGUUUGGAACAUAUUACUACAUCUAAAAAAUCUAAUGACCACAAUUUCUGGCUGUGCCUCGAUUCCUUCCAACCUGUCCUGUCCUAUCAUCAUAAUAAGUGGUUUUAUUCAAUUUUAUUUUUUUCACAAUCGGAAUUUUAUUUUUUUAUCAAUGAUUUAUUGUUUUGUACAGAUAUAAACUGAAUUACCCUAUAUUAUAUCCUAUCUUCUCAAAUUUACACAUAGAACAGUGGCACACCUAUGGUGUGAAGUUUGCCUAUUUUUUUAAUUUUAUAUAUAUUAUAUGUACAUGAGAAUAUUUUUUUUCAAAGUCUGAACUAAUACUAUUUUGGUGUUUUUUGAUAGUUUUAAUCAAUAAGUUAAUUAUUAACAUAAAUAUUAUAUUAUUUGCCAUUGUUUUAGGUUGGUCAUAUGAAACAAACACCUAAGCAAAUUGCUGAAAAUAUUUUAGCGUCCUUUGAUAAUUUAGCAUAUAAUUAUCCAGGUGGUUUGAAGAACAUCAGAGUUAUGUUAAUUAAGAGUCCAACAUCUGAAUCAUUGCCAAUAUAUUUUUCAAUGGGUUUGUAAUUAUUUAAAAGAAUAGAAAAAACCAACAAUAAUUUUAUGUUUACAAUAAAUUGUUAUUUAGUUUCUAGAAAUGAAGUUGAAACACCAAACAUUAAAUCUGAUGUUUAUUCUAAGGAUAAAAUUGUUGAAGGUGAAUUAUUUGGCAAGCGAGUGUUGGUUAAACCUAAUGGAGAUGUAAAACUUUUGUCGGUGAGUUUAUAUUAUUUCUGGGUGAAAAUUUUGUUUUUUGUUAAUUUUUAAUUGUAUUAUUUUAUAGGGUUCCGAAGAAGAAUCUGACUAUGAUGAAGAUUUUGCUAAAUUUACACAAAAGAAAAUUAAAAACAACACAAAUUCUAAUAAAAAAGAUGAUGAAGAGGCUGAAGUUAGUAAAAUUGAUUAUUUAUAUAUAUUACUUAUUUAUACUUAUUAAUUAUAAUAAGUAAUAUAUUUUAAAAAGAUUAUCAUUAAAACUAUAUAUAAUUACAGCAAUCUGAUUCUUCAGUUGAUCAAGAUAUUGAGGAAAUAAUAAAUACAAAAGAGGGUUCAGAAUCUGAUAAGGCUGGUUCAGAAAGUGAUGGUGGUAAUGAUAAUGAUGAUGAUGCUGAAGCAGAAUAUUUAAUGGAAUUUGCAGAAACUAAAAAAUUACAAGUAACAAUUAAUAAUUGUUUAGAAGAAAUAUUUAUAAUAUGUUAAUGCUAUUUUUAUAUGUAUAUAAACAUUAUAAAAUUAAUUAGUUAAAAAAGAAACGUAAGCGAGAAGAUGAAAAUACAGAGGAAACAAAUGAAGUAAAAAAUAGAAUUUUAAAAAACAAAACAAAAGUAAAUAGAUCUGUAAAUACUAAAAAUGUAAGUUUAUUAAUAUACAAUUUAUAGUUAUUCAUAGUUACAUGGUAUAUAAUAUAUAUACUAUUAUUUACCUAUUGUAUUUUUACAGAAAAAAAUUAAUAAAGAUGCUAUGAAAAAUAAGACAUUGGAUGAAGAAGAGAAUUUAAAAUCUGAGAAUGAUGGUACAGAAAGUGAUGAAGCAACUAAAAAAAUACCGGUAAUAACUUAGGACAGAAAUAACUUAUAAAGUGUUCUAGACUUAAGUAUUUUCUAUAUUUUUAAAGUUGUAGUUUUUGUUAUUGGUUAUUAAAAUAAUAAGUACUAUUAAUAAUAAUAAUAAAUUCAAUAUUAAAAAAAAAAAAAACACACUUAAAAUCGGUAUCCCUGAUGUCUACUUAUAUUUUAAUGGUUGAUCGGCCUUGAUAUUUCGUGAUUAUAAGUGUUAUGUGAUGAUCGUCAUUUUCGUCAAUUUAAACCGAUAUAAAUACCUACUGCGUUCAUAUGUAUACCUAUUAUUAGGAGAGGUCGAUUUUGAAAGUUUACAAUAUAUUGGAUUUACUUUGGUCUAGAACAUUCUGUAUAUAUUAUAUUUAUGUUUUCAUUAAAUAUAUUAACUCAAUACAAUUAAUUAGCUGAAAAAAAAUAAAUUUAUUCGUAAACGGCAAGGAAAAGUCAUUGAAAAUGUGAGAUCAAAAGAACAAUUAAAUGAAACUAAGUCUGUUAAAGGAAAAAAUGUAAGUGUAUUUUUAAUGUUAAUAUUAUAUAAUGUAUUAUGAUAAUUAAUAUUUGUUAUUUAUGUUUUUAUAGAAAAUGGCCAUAAAAAAGAAGAAAUUAAAUAAGUAAAUAAUAUAAAAAUGUUUGUAUAAAAUUACUUAUUUAAUUGUAUUUCUGUAUUAAAAUUGUUUACUAUUUUGACAGUGUAAAUGUCUGUUUUGUAUUAUUUUUGUUUAGUUUAUUUCUUUUAUCAAAAUAUUUAUCUGAAACUUGUACAUUGUCAAUAGUCAAAAUGUUUGGUGUUUUUGACCUUUUUUGAGUAUAAAUUAGAUUUCACAAUGUUUCAAUAAAAAAUAAAUUAUGUACGCUACUGUUCAUGGUUACUAUUAUCUUAUUUUAAUAUCCAUGACUUAAUUAAACUCUAGUAAUUCGUUUAGAAGUAGUAAGUCUUAUAACUAUCAUCAAGUAUAAUUUUGACAUUGCUCACCCACUUUUCACUAGUUGUAACUAAUACAUAAUAUACUUUAGGUAUAUAAACAAUUAUAAGAUUUAAAAUUUCAUAUAAGGUAGAUGAAUACCAAACACAUUUUGUUUUUAAAUAAAUUAUUGAGUAUAUGUAAUCUACCAAAGGUGAUUCUAUUAUAUUAAUUUAAUCAUCUAAAACGUUUAACUAUCUAAAAUAAUUAUAUUUCUAUACUUAUGGUUACUAUUUCUUUUAAUAAAUGUAUAAAUGAAGUGUUAAAAAUAGAAACUUAUAAACUUGUUAUAAGUUUUACAAGGUAUAAAGUUUCAGUUUAAUCAUUUGUACUGUAUAAAUGUCUG